UCUGAUCAGGCUCUGGCUGGGUGAGGCCAUUCUUGCCCUUUGGUUGCCUAGGGCCAGGAGAAUUCUAAAGAGACCUGGGUGGAGCAGCUCUGAGCUCCACCCUGGGAUCUAAAAACCCACCCUGUGCUUUGCCUCUCCCCUCACCCCAUCGCCUGUCAGCAUUAAAGCUCAAGGUGGCUCCAGAGCUCCAGGUCUCACAGGAGGGAGGACUGAAGAGCACAGAACAUGGACAUCCCUGAGGCCCUCGGAGUUGGAACUGAGACAACAAGUGCAGUAAACAUGGCCAGUGCAGCAGACACGGCCAGAGCAGCAGAGAUGGCCCAUGGAGACCAGCAGUGGCUGGCCCAGAUGUUAGAGUGUAUGAGCAAGGAGCAGCUGAGGGAGUUCCUACUGUGGCUGCCUGAUAAGCAUCUCUGCCAGCACUCUCCUGGGGCAACCCCAGUUCAACCAGAGGAGGUGGCCUCAUGGCUGGUGGCUAAAUUCGGGGAGCUGCAAGCCUGGGACCUGGCCCUGCAGUCCUGGGAGCAGAUGGGCCUGAGCGAGCUGUGUGCCCCACCCUGGAAAGAGCCAGCUAUGAAGUCAGGUGUUUUCUCCCGGAAGCAGACCCGGACACUAAAUUGGAGAGCAGGUGGCUUAUUCAGGAAAUGGUUUCCUGGAAGCACCAUUAGGAGAGAGAAGAGGGAAGGAAUCAAAGAAAAAUACCAGAACCAAAGAAGAGAGAGUUCCCACCCCACACAGUCAUGGAGAAAUGAAUAUUUGCACCAAAAAUUCACACAACUGCUACUUCUACACAGAUCUCAACCCAGAGGCUAUGACUUCCUCCUCUGGAGAAGGUAUCAUGAGGUGGUAGAUAAACAAAGACAUUUGAUGGAGAUCGAAGACUUAUUUGGCCCAGGCCUAAGUACCCAGGAGGAGCCUCCCACUGUCGUGGUGCAUGGAGUUGCUGGAAUCGGGAAGUCAACCCUGGCCAGGCAGGUGAGGGGAGCCUGGGAGGAAGGCUGGCUAUUCAGGGACCGCUUCAAGCAUGUCUUCUACUUCAACUGCAGAGAGCUGGCCCAGUCUGAGACAGUGAGUCUCGCUGAGCUCAUCACAAAAGACUGGGCUGCUCCUGAUGCUCCCAUUGGGCAGAUCCUGUCUCAGCCAGAGCAGCUGCUCUUCAUUCUUGACAACUUAGAUGAACCAAAAUGGGACUUGAAGGAGCAGAGUUCUGAGCUCUGUCCACACUGGAGCCAGCAGCAGCAGGUGCACACACUGCUGGGCAGUUUGCUGAAGAAAACCUUACUUCCCACGGCUUCCCUGCUGAUCACAGCUCGGAUCACAGCUCUGAGAAAACUCAUUCCUUCUUUAAAGCAUCCUCGCUGGGUGGAGGUCCUGGGAUUCUCCGAGUCUGCCAGGAAGGAGUAUUUCUACAAAUAUUUCACUGAUAGGAGGCAAGCAAUAAGAGCCUUUACCUUGGUUGAAUCCAACCCAGCUCUCCUGACCAUGUGUCUCAUGCCCUUGGUGUCCUGGCUGGUCUGCACUUGCCUGAAGCAGCAGAUGGAGCAGGAGCAACCACUCUCACUGACCUCCCAGACAACCACAGCCCUCUGUCUCCACUACUUUUUCCACGUUCUCCAGGCUCAGUCCCUCGGGACUAAGCUGAGGGGCUUCUGCUCUCUGGCUGCUGAAGGCACCUGUCAAGGAAAGACUCUGUUCAGCCCCAAGGACUUCAGGGAACACGGGUUAGAUGGGGACAACAUCUCCAGUCUCUUAAACAUGGGUGCUCUUCGAGAGCACCCCAACCCUCGGAGCUACAGCUUCAUUCACCUGUGCUUCCAGGAGUUCUUUGCAGCAAUGUCCUAUGCUUUAGGCGAUAGAGUGCUGGAAAGUGAUCGCUUUAAUAACAUCAAAAUUAUAACAGACUUGAUAGCUGUAUAUGACAGGCAUGACCUAUUUGGGGAACCAACCACAUGUUUCCUGUUUGGUCUUUUGAGUGAUCAGGGGAUGAGAGAGAUGGAGAGCAUCUUCAAAUGCAGCCUGUUUUGUGAGAGGAUUUGCUCUCUGCUGUACUUGGCCAAGAGGGAGGUCCUUUUGAAGCAUUCGAACCUACACCCAUAUUCGUGGCAUUUGCUGCACUGUUUUUAUGAGAUUCAGGAUGAAAACUUUAUGAAAAAUAUUUUCACUUUCAAUAAAAUGAGGAUAUAUGUCCAAACCAACAUGGAGCUCCUGCUGUUCACUUUCUUCUUUACAUUCUGCCACCGCAUUGAAAGGCUUCAACUGAAUGAGAGUGGACAGCACAGACAAGCAGGAAGGACUUCCGGUGCAUUUCUGUACAGUUGGGGCCCAUUUACAGAUUCCUGGUGGAAGAUGUUCUUCUCUAUUCUCAAAGUCCCUGGAAGCCUGCGGGAGCUGGACCUGAGUGGGAACUCUCUGAGCUGCUCUGCAGUACAGAGUCUUUGUGACGCCCUGAAAAGCCCUCACUGCCACCUGGAAACCUUGAGGCUGGCCAGCUGUGGCCUCACAUACAACUGCUGCCAGGACCUGGCCUCCAUGCUGGGUGCCUGCCCCAGCCUGACAGAGUUGGACCUGCAGCAGAACAAACUGGGUGACCGUGGCAUGAAGCUGCUCUGUGAAGGGCUCAAGCAGCCUGCGUGCAAACUCAGGAACCUGAGGCUGGCCAGCUGUGGCCUCACACACAAAUGCUGCAAGGACCUGGCCUCCAUGCUGGGUGCCUGCCCCAGCCUGACAGAGUUGGACCUGCAGCAGAACAAACUGGGUGACCGUGGCAUGAAGCUGCUCUGUGAAGGGCUCAGGCAGCCUGCGUGCAAACUCAGGAACCUAAGGCUGGACCAGAUUUGGCUGAGUGAGGAGGUGACAGAGAUGCUGAGUCUCCUGCAGCAGGAGAAGCCUCAGCUGAUCAACAGAAGUUGGAAGCCAAGUGCAAUGAUCACUAAGAUGGUCCCAGGUGGAGGACAGACGAGUGAUGGCACAGCUCCACCCCAAUGGCAGAGAUCAGAAUCAGAGGAGAGCUUCUCUCAACUAUUACAGGAACUCUCCUCUCUGUCAACUCGUGAACCUCUGUGGAACCAACCAGUGGAGCCUCUAACGAUGGAUAAUUAUUUCUGGGGACCCACAGAGCCUGUGGCUACAGAGAUGGUUGACAAACACAGGAGUCUUUACCGAGCUCACUUCCCUGUGGCUGGUUCCUACCACUGGCCCAACACAGGUCUCUACUUUGUGGUGAGAGGGCCAGUGACCAUUGAGAUUGAAUUCUGUGCUUGGGACCAGUUCUUGGACCAGAUUGUCCCACGGCACAGCUGGAUGGUUGCGGGGCCUCUUUUUGACAUCAAGGCUGAACCAGGAGCUGUGGCAGCUGUGUACCUCCCUCACUUUAUAGCCCUCCAAGGGCAACAUGUGGACAUAUCCUGGUUCCAAGUGGCCCACAUUAAAGAGGAUGGGAUACUUCUGGAGAAGCCAGCCAGUGUGGAGCCACAUUACAUAGUCCUGGAGAACCCUAGCUUCUCCCCCAUAGGCGUUCUACUGAGAAUGAUCCAUACAGCCCUGUGCAUUCCUGUCAUCUCCAAUGUGUUGCUCUACUAUCGCCUCCAAUCCGAGGAAGUCAACUUCCACCUCUACAUAAUCCCCAGCGACUGCACCAUUCGAAAGGCCAUAGAUGAUGAAGAAAAGAAGUUCCAGUUUUUUCAAAUACGCAAGCCGCCCCCGCUGACACCACUCUACUUGGGCUCCCGCUAUACUGUGUCUGGUUCAGACUGGUUGGAAAUAAUCCCUGAGGAACUGGAGCUCUGCUAUCGAAGCCCUGGGAACCCGCAGCUCUUCUCUGAGUUCUAUGUUGGUCAUUUUGUGUCGGGGAUCCGACUGGAGAUUAAAAGCAAAGAUGAUGAGACUGUGGUAUGGAAGGCCUUGGUGAAAUCAGGGGACAUCAGACCUGCAGCUCCCCUGGUCUCUCAAGCCCUGACAGAUGCCCCUACUUUGCUGCACUUUGUGGACCAGCAUCGGGAGGACCUGGUGACUCGAGUGACAUCAGUGGACACAGUCCUGGACAAGCUGCAUGGACAGGUGCUGAGUGAGGAGCAGUAUGAGAGGGUGCGGGCUGAACCCACAAAUCCGGACAAGAUGAGGAUGUUGUUCAGCUUCAGCAAGUCCUGGGACUGGGCCUGCAAAGAUCAACUCUACCGAGCCCUGAAGGAGACCCAUCCUCACCUAAUUGAGGAUCUCGGGGAGAAGACGCAGUGGAGGAGACUAGCGGGGCUACUGACCAGCUCGGCAGCUGAAGUCUGAACACGUGCUUCUGAGUCCUGGCUCUGACUGUCCAGGCUUUGGGUCUAGGUUUCUUCAUGUCUAAACACAUUGCCAUCACCCAGCCGGAGUGGCUCAGUUGUUUGAGUGUCAUCCUGUGCACCAAAGGGUUGCUGGUUCCAUUUCUGGUCAGAGCAUAUACUUGGGUUUCGGGUUCAGAAGGCAACUGAUUGAUGUUUCUUCUCUCUCUCUCUCUCUCUCUCUCUCUCUCUUCCUCCCUCCCUCCCUCUCUCCCUUCUUUCUUCUUUCUCUCUCUCUCUAAGCAUGUCCUCAGUGAGGAUAAAUAUAUAAAGAAACAAACACAUUGCCAUUUCAGUUGCCUCAUGCCCUAAAGUUAUGGAUCAUUGAUGAUAACUUUGCUGGGAAUUAUAUGUCCAUGCUCAGUGAUGCCACACGGAAUCCCAGACUGCCUCCCUAUCAUUAGGGACCAGUAGAUAUUUAUAUGUCAUGAUACUACAUUUUUUAUAUCAUAAUACUACAUUUAUGUAUCAUGCUACUACACUACAGUAAAGCAGAAUACUGGGUAGACAGAGGGCCUAAGAUUGAGAAAUAUGUGUGAGAUGUUAGAUUUAGACUGUACAGUGUAUUGACUUGUGAGACAAUACAGAGGGCAGCACAGGAAGCCAUAAGCUCUAAUGGGAAGACAAAGGCAGACUAUUGGGCAGGCCUGCUAUUGGAAAAGAGGGAGGCAGGAGCAGGAAAGGGUGAGCCCAGAAAGUGAUGGGUCAAUAAAAGGCAGAGAAGAGCCAGGAGGAAGGACGCUAGGUCCUGCAGGGCCAGCCCCUACUAACUAGUGCCUGAGUGUCAGCAGCCAUCCCCUCUGCACCCCUAGAAUUUCCCUGUCACCUCGCUCCCAUGACACCUCACCCCCUUCAGAACAGGCCUGAGAAGGCAGGUCCACCCUGGGCAGGGAUCCCUGCCUUUGCUCAAGGGAGGAAGGUCCUGGGUCCUCCCUGACUGGGCAGCUUCAGCCCUGGGGCAUGCAAAAGUGAGCUCAGGGCUGGUCAGUGCCCAAAGAAAAGAGCUUUAUUGCUCCGGCUCCCACAAGACAAUUUCCGCACCAUGCAGUGUCAUUUGGAUACAAACCUGGCAACACCGACAAAGCCUCUAGCCUCUAACUGGGCAGCAUCCUGUGCAUCCGUUAACAAUUGCACCAGCCCAGUUAAUAAAGUGACCCUCUCAUAUCCACUGCCUCAGUCAAAACCAAUGACCACAUUCCCGCUACUUCCCCUGAUAGCACCCUGCGUCAGUGCACCCUCAGGGCCUACCACAGCAGCAGGCUCAGGGCAGACACUGAAGCAAUGUUUGCUGAAUAAGCAACGAAUGAAUUCUCAAGUGACAAUGCUCUUUUACAAGUUGUGUAGG